UGGCCUCCUAAGCCAGGGAUUGUGGGUUCGAGUCCCAUCUGGGGUGAUUGCUUUUGUUGCAUGGACUAUCGUAAGGAUGAUAUCGAGCAAGUAACAGUAACAUCGCUUCCCCAACUUCAGCUUCUUGAGAAAUCUCACUUCUUUGCCGUCGCUCUCUAUAGAUAUAGUAACUAUACUUAAUAAUAAGAUUUAUUUAUGAAAUAUCAGCUGACAUGGAGAAGCAGAGCAUCAAACUGUGCGUACUGCUGAGCACUUUGGCUGCAUCGGUGCAAACUUACCAGCUCCAAGAGGCCACCGUGUACUGGGAUGCUGCCCAGAAAAGUGUGCUCCUGAAGGAGGGGGUGAUAGAGACAGAGGGGGGGGCCUACGGGUACUUCAAUGACACCAUGCUGCUCUCUGGAUGGGGCGUCCUGGAGAUCUGUGCAGGUCACGGAGGAAUCACGCAGGAAGACGAGACCACCUUCUUCCUGGCUGGAUACCUGGAGGGUUAUCUCACUGCUGCACAGAUGUUCAAUCAUUACUCCAACAUGUACCCUCAACUCCUGAAGGACGAGAAGGUUUUGAAUCCUCUGAAAAGGUUUUUAAGCAAGCAGGAGCAGUGGGCCAGAGAGCAGGAGAGACUGCGGAGGCACAGCGACCCCUUGUGGAAGCAUCUGGGACUGAUUCUGGCCCAGUUGGACGGUCUCCACGCCGGAGCUGCACAGUGGGCCAAAAGCAAACACAGAGAGCCUCUGUCAGUGUUCGCCCUCCAGUUUCUGAAUGGCGUUGGCGACCUCCUGGACCUCGUCCCAGCUCUGACACCUCGCUCCAACUCCUCCACAGGGACCAGUGCUUUCAGGAUGCCAGGAAUGGGCCACUGCACUGCUCUGGUCAAGGUGCUGCCAGGCUUUGAGAACCUGCUGUUCGGCCACUCUAGCUGGUAUACGUAUGCAGCCACCAUGCGUAUCUAUAAACACUGGGACUUCAGGGUGUCCGACACACACACCGCCACUGGAAAGAUGUCGUUCAGCAGCUACCCUGGCUUCCUGAUGUCUCUGGACGACUUCUACCUGCUCGGGAGGGGCCUGCUGAUGACUCAGACCUCCAUUGGUGUCUUCAACGUCUCCCUGUUCUCCCAGCUCAACCCUCACAGCCUGCUGGCCUGGCAGAGAGUCCGGCUGGCCAACAGCCUGGCACACAGCGGAGAGGAGUGGGCGCAUAUCUUCUCCAAAUACAACUCAGGUACGUAUAACAGUCAGUACAUGGUGGUGGACCUGAACAGGGUUUCUCUGGGUCACAGUAUCAGGGAUGGAUCUCUGACUGUGGUGGAGCAGAUUCCCGGGAAGGUGGUACACUCUGAUCAGACUCGCGCUUUACGCAGAGGUUAUUGGCCCUCCUACAACAUACCAUUUCAUGCUGAAAUCUACAACCUGAGUGGGUACGGUGUGAUGUGGAAGAGAUACGGAGAGGACUUCUCUUAUGACCUCUGUCCCAGAGCCAAAAUCCUCCGCAGGGACCAGGCCAAGGUGUCUGACCUCAGCUCCCUCAAACACCUCAUGAGAUACAACAACUAUAAGAGAGACCCGUACUCCAAGGGUCAUCCAUGUAAAACAAUCUGUUGCCGUAAUGACCUGAGACCAAGGAGACCACGUCCAGGAGGUUGCUAUGACACUAAGGUGACGGACUACCAGAUGGCUGUCCAGCUGGUCGCGGAGGCAAUAAACGGCCCCACAACGCAGGGGGGCCUGCGUCCGUUCUCAUGGCAAUCCUUCAACCUCACGACUCAUCAGGGCCUCCCACACACCUACAACUUUCCCUUUGUCACUAUGAGGCCCACUCUGCGUCGGCCCUGAGAGCACAGAGACAGAAUACACCACCCAUCCAGGAACAGGUCAUGCUUUUCAAAUCAGGAGUAAAUGUUUGUCACGACACUGAACAUCCCGGUGCAAAAUAUGAUAAAAAUGUCCCUCUAGUAGAGUCCUAAAACCCGGAAAUUAGUUAGCAUUCAUUUUAGCACUUCCAGUUCCCUCGUCUCCAAGCCAAUGGUGUUUUUGAAUGUGUUUUUGGUUAGAAGCCUGAAAUAAGGUCUUGUAUGUAUAUGUUAUCCCUGCAGCACUCUAUUUGGUCAAAAUUAUAAUUGAAAUAUAAGCACUUAAUUUCCCAUAUUUAUAUAUUUAGUCUAUUUGAAUUUAGUGUUGCGGUCAAUUAUUUUAAAGCUGAUUAAUGGCGGUCUGAGGUAGAAGCACACCCCCUUGAUUGUUUGUUAUUUAACUAUUUACUAAUCCAUUACUUCAUCCUCCUAAAAUGCAUUAUUGUAAAUCAAUUUACUUAAUUCAAAUGAACUCUGAAUUAACAUGAGGAUUAUGGAUUUAUCAGCAGUGUUUUUACACAAUGUGUAAAAGUUUGUUCCACAAAGUUUAAUUUUUAAUUUGUUUUUAAUAAAUACUAAUUUAUUUGUUUUGUUGUUUUUGUGUUACAUUCUAUGCAAUGUUUCCUCAGGUUUAUACAG